AUGGCGUCCAACGACGUCCUCGAUCUACACAUAUGUAUCAUAGGCGCUGGCAUGGGCGGCCUCGCCACGGCCCUCUCCCUCGCAAAGAAAGGCUUCCGCAAGAUCGAAGUCUACGAGACGGCCUCGAAUCUGGGUUUUGUCGGGGCGGGGAUCCAGCUCGCACCCAACAUGGCGCGGAUCCUGGAUCGCCUGGGGGUGUGGAAGGAGAUUGAGCGGGAAGCGGUGGAUUUGAAGGAGACGAGUAUUAGACAGGGCUCCACGGACAACGAACUGGGCCACGUCGAUCUGAAAUACAUCCGCUCCACCUACGGCUACCCACACAUGGUCGGGCACCGCGCCUCGCUGGCGGGCGCCAUGUACGCCGGCUGCCAGCGCGAAAAGAGCAUCACCUUCCACUUCAGCACGGGCGCCGGCGAGAUCACCUCCUGGGGCCCUCAACCCUCCUUCACGGCGAUCCCGCGAAAUGGCGAACCACAUCAAGUCCAAUGUGAUGUAUUACUAGCAGCCGACGGCGUCAAAUCCACCAUCCGCGACCAACUCCUCCACCUCAAAAACAUCUCCGCCAAAAUCAUCGACACCGGCCAAGCCGCCUACCGCAUCAUGCUGACCCGAGAACAAAUGUCCUCCUCCCCAUCCCUCCUCGCCCUCCUCGACCGCGAAUCCGUCACCCGCUGGAUCGGCGAAAAACGCCACAUAAUCGCCUACCCCGUCUCCAGCAAACAAAUCUACAACCUCAGCACCGUGCAGCCCGACGCCAACUUCGCCGCCGCCCCCUCCGCGACGUACACGACCAAAGGCAGCAAGCCGCAGAUGCUGGACGUGUUUGCGGAUUUCUGCCCGCUGGUCCAGAAAAUGCUGAACCUUGUGCCCGAUGGCGAGGUCUGCGAGUGGAAGCUGCGCGUGCACGAACCGCUGCCGUUUUGGACGUACGAAUCUACCGCCCUCGUGGGCGAUGCGUGCCACCCAACGCUCCCGCACCUCGCGCAGGGCGCCGCGCAGGCGAUCGAAGACGGGGCAGUCUUAGCCGUAGUCCUGUCGAAACUCCCCAACACCACCCCGGAAGCCAUCUCCAAAGGCCUCAAAGUCUACGAAACGGUCCGGCGGGAGCGCGCGUAUAAACUCGUCGAGUUGGCGGCUGCGAGCGGACGGGCGAUGCAUUUGGGCGAAGGGGCGGCGAAGGAGGAGCGGGAUCGGCAGUUUGCGGCGUUGAGGGAGGGGAAGGGCCCCGUGCCGGAUAAGUGGGCGGAUGCGGAUGUGCAGAAGGUGAUCUAUGGGCAGGAUGUGGUGCAGAUUGCGGAGGAGGAGUUUGACGAGAUUUUUGGGAGGGUGUAG